AUGGUGGGGUCUAUCAUGUAUCCGGUCUCUUGCACGCGCGUCGACAUGGCAUACGCAGCUAGCUAUCUUGGGCAACAAGUGCAGCAGCAAGGGGAGAGAAAAUGGAGAGAGAUGAGGAGGACUAUCGACUACCUACUGCAACAUGAAGAUGAGGGGCUGUUAUUUGAAAGAAGUGAGGAAACCCUGGAGUUAGUGGGCUUGCUGCAGAACAAUCGCAUUGGCGGCACCAUUCCAGACUCCAUCACCAACAUCGUAGAGCUGAUGUACCUCUAUGUUGACUACACGGACAUGCAAGGGAGCUUGCCAGAGACCCUUGCAACAAUGACCACGAUCGAAGUCCUGCGGUAUGACGGGCAGCUCAUGUCGUGCCCCACAGGGCCCUGCACCGUGGUCGCUGUCAACACCACGCUCUUCUGCACUGACUGCUCCGCCUUCUGCUCCUCCUGCAGCGCCACCAUUGCGCCACCCUCCAGUCCAGCCCCAGUUAGCCCCCCCCCCGCCCCUCCUUCCUCCCCCUCGCCUCCUGCCCCUUCCCCUUCCCCCCCGUCCGCGGAGGGGGGAGGGGGGGUGUCGACAGGGGUGGUGGUGGGGGUGGUAGUGGGAGCAGUGGUGCUGUUGCUGGGAGUGGUGCUUGUAGCGGUGUACUUGUAUCGGAGGCGAAGCAAAGCAAGAGAAGCAGCUAAUCAAGGUGAGGCAGAGAGGAAGGUGGGACAAGGUGGAGCAGAGAGGAAGGUGAGGCAAGGUGGGGCAGAGAGGAAGGUGAGGCAAGGUGGGGCAGAGAGGAAGCGGCAGCAGCAGCGUGCAUAUCAUGGCUGGCGUGUGAUCAAUCCUGCGGCGUUUAAUGAUUCCCUUCCCCACCCGGCAACCCACCUCCCCUCCUCCAAGCAGCAGCAGCGGCGGGGAUAUCAGGGGGCGGGCAGUGCCAGCGUUAUUCCUUGGCGGACGUGCAGCGGGCGACCAACAACUGGGCCAAGGCCAACCGCGUUGGCAGCAGCGGCACUGUCCUCUCCUCUCUCUCCCACCCACCUUUCCCCCUCUCGCCCUACUUCCUUCUUUUCCCCACCACAGAUCAACGAGAUGGCUUCAAAGCACCACCCCAACCUCGUCCGUCUGCUGGGUUACUGCAUCGACGUGGACAAGGCAGCUGAGAGCACGGAGCAAAUACUCAUGUACGAGUUUAUGGAUAACGGAGACCUCGAGCGGUGGAUUGGACCAGGUGUUGAGAUGCCGCUGACCUUGCGGCAACGUUUUCACGUGCUCAUCGGGGUGGCUCAGGGCCUGCAGUACCUCCACAGCUUCAAUAUUGUUCACCGCGAUAUUAAACCCGCUAACAUCCUGCUCGACAAGAAGAUGCAGGUAGGAACUUGGGGCUUCGGAGUGGUGAUGCUGACAGUCAUUACUGCCCGCAAGGCUCUGGACUCUCUGGACGACAACCAAGUCAACCUCAAGAAAUGGGUGGAGCCAUUGUUGGAGGCCGGGGAUGCAGAUACCAUCAAGGACCCGCGUCUGGACGCUCCCAACGACGUGAUCCUCAAGCUCGCCCGCUUCGCCCUCUCCUGCACCGCCACGCCCGUGGCCACCCGCCCCUCCAUGGCUCGCAUUCUCUCCGACCUCAUCGCCAUGAAAGAGGAGUUCCUCGGUGCUGACGUGGAUCCUGUGCUGGUGAAUAUUGAUAGUGACUUGGCGGAUCGCAAGGCGUCAAACUUCUCGCAGGAGAUUCGUCGGGCGCAUGAGGUGGCGUCGGAGCGUGAAGGGGUGUCGGGUUUGAGCAUUGGGAUGGUGUCAAUUGGGGAGAUGGAUUCCUCUGAUAACGGUGUAUGA